UUAGACGUGAGCUGCACAUGGCGGCAAAUGCUCGGAUUGCUCUGCCUCAGCCUCUGCUGGACAGCAAGCAAAGCGGGAUAUAUGGAGGAUAACUUUCCGGCGAGUGUCAUUGAAGACGGCACGCUCACAACGCUGCAAUUGUUGGCCAAAUACAAAUAUCCGGGAGAAGAGCACACGGUGACCACUGAGGAUAAGUAUCUGCUGCACGUGCAUCGCAUACCGAGACCAGGCGCAAAACCUGUGCUGUUGGUACAUGGUCUGCAGGAUGCCUCCAGCACUUGGAUUAUGAUGGGACCUCACAGUGGUCUGGGUUAUUUUCUCUACGAUAAUGGCUACGAUGUCUGGAUGGCGAAUGUGCGAGGCAAUCGGUAUUCGCGAGGCCAUCUCAAGCUCAAUGCGAAUACGGACAAAAGCUACUGGAGUUUCUCGUGGCAUGAGAUUGGCUUUUAUGAUUUGCCGGCCACGAUUGAUGCCAUUCUGGCAAAGACGGGCUACAGCAAGCUGAGUUAUAUUGGACACUCGCAGGGUACGACAUCGUUCUUUGUGAUGGCCUCCACUCGACCCGAAUACAAUGACAAGGUGCAUGUGAUGCAGGCUCUGGCGCCGGUGGCAUUCAUGACGCAUGUUAAGGCGCCGCUGAUUUCGGUGGCACGUUCCAGCAUGAAUAUUCUUGGUGACAACUUUGAAGUGCUGCCACAUUCGAGUCUGCCGACCGCGCAAUGCAUGUCAUCGGCCAUACAUCUGCAGACUUGUUUCUACUACAUUUGGUUGAUAUUGGGCAAAAACCCAGGCGAGCUAAAUCGAACUAUGACACCGGUGCUUAUGGGUCAAUUGCCAGCUGGCGCCAAUUCCAAGCAGGUGCGACAUUAUCUUCAGCUACAACCAACGUCGCGCUUCGGCCAAUACGACUAUGGCGCUGAUAAUCAACGCAUCUAUGGACGUGCAACACCGCCAGACUAUCCGCUGGAGCGCAUUACGGCGCCGGUUGGUUUGUAUUACGCACAGAAUGAUUAUCUGUCGGCUGUCGAGGAUGUGCAGCGUUUGGCCAAACGGCUGCCGAAUGUUGUGGUGAAUCACUUGUAUGCUAACAAGAAGUUUAAUCACGUCUACAUGGUUUGGGGCAUCAGCUCCAGGCGCUUGGCUCAGCCCAAAUUUCUCGAGGUGAUGCGACUGUGGGAAGCUGGCGGACCGCAAAAUGGAACUGCGACCACCACCGAGAUAAUGCCGACAACUACAGAGGAUACGGAGGUAACUGAGGAGGAGGACAUUCCAACUGAACCAACCGAGAUGGAGCAGCCUUCAACGGAACAGUCUGAGAUAGAGCAGACGACGACAGAAAAGUCACAGACGGAGCAAGCUUCAACAGAACAGUCUGAGAUGAAGCAGCCAGAGAUGGAAAAAUCAGAGACAGAGCAGCCUGACAUAGAGGAAAAUUACGCCAAGUAAUUAGCUGUGAAAUAUAAAGGGUAAAUGGUGUUGGUGUUUGUAUUAUAACAUAUAUAAAUGCAUUAAA